UGACUCAUGAACCUCAGCUGAGCAUCUAGAUUUUCGCUCCUCGACCCAAUUGCCUCAUCCUCAGAAGAAAGAAAUGGCAGUAUUUUGCCUAUCGAAUUCUGCUAAGAGAUGCAGAUUCCUCUGUUCGGUGUUAAAGGACCCGUUUUCUAGUUGCCGUACUUGCCACCGUGGAUAUCUAUCGUGCUCCGGUGUAGAAGAAGAAGAAGAAGAAGAGACUCCCAUCACUGAUUUCAACGAUGUGCAGGAUGUAUUGGUAUCAAUGAUCCGUAACCGUGCAAUGGAGGCCAAGUUAAGAAAAGUAAGCAUGGUAAACCAUAACUACUCGUUCGUUGUUCAUCCAACAUCAGGAGUGCUCUUUGUAAGUAAAGCGAAACAACAGGCAUAUGAUGACAAUUCUACACAGAAGCAGGAUAACAGUAAAGGAAGUGAAGAAGUGGAUGACUUUGCAUCUGUCAAAACCCAUUUCUCCACAUACAUUGCAACAGCUGAUGAUAGUGAAGCUUAUUUCUCAUGCUGCUCAGACCCAGAUUUAGAUGAAAGUAGGUGGUGGGUUUUCGAAACUUUGGAUAGUUCUGAAGUCAAGAGGCGUUCAAUCAUCCAGGAAGUCUGUCAUUGUGAGGGUUGGCCAUUCGGACUCUGCCGAAAGACAUUGUUGCUUCCACCUUUGCCAAAAUCUCCAUCAGAAUCUUGGUCAUGGUGUAAAACCUUUCCUAAAACCGUCAAGGCGAUUUGAUUAUCACACACACUGCUGGUAUUAUUGUAAGCCUGCAAAUUUGUAUUUGCAGUGAAUCUAAUCUUAGUUAAUAAACUUGAGAAAUGGUAACUGAGGCAGCGUCCGAGGCAACUGAUAGUAAAACCACUUGUUAUCUCAUCGUACUUUAGUUUUCAUGUACGUUUAAAGUUCAAUCUAAUGCUUCUCAAGUUCCAAA